AGGGGAGGGGAGGGGGAGGGGAGGAGGUGGAUGGAGGGUGGCAACUGUUCCGCCACCGUUCCAGCCUUCGCUUUUUGCCUUCCUGAGUCUUUCUGAGUCUUUCUGUGCUGGAUGUUGAUGCUGAUGCUCCUGAUGUUGCUGCUUCUCGCACCCGAGACCAACGUGUGGGAUUUUUUUGCCUCCACCUCUUGACUGGUUUGUAUCUACGAGCAGAUGAUCUUUGAUCGUGCAAUGCAAUUGGAAACGGAAGUCGAUGUUGUUCCUCCAUUGUGUUGCAUGCAUGCGAUAGCUUUUUUGUAGUAAUUUGAUCUUUUUUUUUUUUUUGGCUGGUUGGAGACUUGAGCGCGCGCAGCACCAGACACCCGGGUUGUUAGUUAACCUGUACGAGGGGACGAGGGGGAGGCAAACAAAAUAUAAAGAAAUAAGAAUCGGAGAUGCACCUGGAAGCUUGCGCGCACCCAGACCUCUGAUGCAGAGCAUGCAACUUUUUUUGGCAGAAGAAAAAGUUCCUGGAAUGUGAACAGCACGAGAGGAGCACUGGAGGACCUGACCUGGCUUUUUUCUGCAGUGAAUGCGCUUGGCAUGGAGUGAGGGCGGCAUCGCGCCUUUGGUCCUCUGCACUCGCUCGUUUCACGGCCGCUCGGCAUGGUGCGCUCCGGACAGCACGCGCCGAACGGGACGGGCUCGGGCGCGGACUCGGGCGCGCGCACCGACGGUCCCGGCAACGAGGCACCCAAGAGCACGAAAACGCGGCGCGCAAAACCUCCUCCUCCCCCGGGCAGCCGGAACUGUUUCACCGCCAACAGGUCGCUGUUUAUCUUCGCCGAGAAUAAUCCGGUGAGGAAGUACGCGCGGAGGAUCAUCGAAUGGCCUCCAUUCGAGUACAUGAUCCUCACUACCAUUAUUGCCAAUUGCGUCGUUCUGGCUCUGGAGCAGCAUCUUCCUGGAGAGGACAAAACACCCAUGGCCAAAAAACUGGAGAAGACCGAGCCGUAUUUUAUUGGGAUCUUUUGUUUCGAAGCUGCCAUCAAGCUGCUCGCUUUGGGGUUUGUGUUUCACAAAGGCUCAUACUUAAGGAAUGGCUGGAACGUCAUGGAUUUUAUUGUGGUGCUAAGCGGGAUCUUGGCCACUGCUGGAGCUCACAUGAACAUCCCAGUGGACCUGAGGACUCUGAGAGCAGUGCGAGUCCUGAGACCUCUAAAACUCGUCUCAGGAAUUCCCAGUUUGCAGAUCGUCCUGAAGUCCAUCAUCAAGGCCAUGGUUCCUCUGCUGCAGAUCGGCCUCCUCCUGUUCUUCGCCAUACUGAUGUUUGCUAUCAUCGGCCUGGAGUUCUACAGCGGCAAGCUGCACCACACCUGCCGUCCCCAACUUUAUAUCCUCGAUAACGAGACGGUGGACUCCUCCGAGGUAGAGUUUGCAUGUGGAGUGCGCAGGUGUCCAGAGAAAUACGACUGUAACGGCUCGUGGAUCGGCCCGAACGACGGCAUCACUCAGUUCGACAACAUCCUCUUUGCAGUGCUCACUGUGUUCCAGUGUAUUACCAUGGAGGGCUGGACUGCUGUACUUUACAACACUAAUGAUGCGUUGGGUCCCACGUGGAACUGGAUAUACUUUAUUCCCCUCAUCAUUAUUGGCUCCUUCUUCGUGCUAAACCUUGUGCUCGGUGUCCUUUCAGGUGAGUUCGCUAAAGAGAGGGAGCGUGUGGAGAACCGGCGAGCCUUCAUGAAGCUUAGACGGCAGCAGCAGGUGGAGAGGGAGCUGAACGGCUACCGGGCGUGGAUAGAUCGAGCAGAGGAAGUGAUGCUCGCUGAGGAGAAUAAAAACUCAGGAAGGUCUGCAUUGGAGGUGUUGAAGCGAGCCACAAGCAAGAAAAAUGCGAGGCGUCGUGGAGAGGACAAGUAUUCGGAAAUCGCAACAGUUGGGGGCCAAGCACCAAAAGUGUGUGGUCCCAGGCCUCCGGUAAACAUCCGCACUGUGCGACGGGGUCCUGCUGCCUACCUGAGGCGUAAAGAGCGCAUGCUGCGCUUCUCCAUCCGCCGCAUGGUCAAGACGGACAGCUUCUACUGGAUCGUGCUAAGCCUUGUGGGUCUGAACACCAUCUGCGUGGCUAUCGUUCACCACAACCAGCCCGAGUGGCUCACCGUGCUUCAGUACUAUGCAGAGUUUGUAUUUCUGGGACUUUUCCUGGCUGAGAUGUUUCUGAAGAUGUAUGGCCUUGGCUUCCGUCUCUACUUCCACUCCUCCUUCAACUGCUUCGACUGUGGGGUGAUCAUCGGCAGUAUUUUUGAGGUGGUUUGGGGUUUCUUCAGGCCGGGAACGUCCUUUGGGAUCAGCGUACUCAGAGCUUUGAGACUCUUGCGAAUCUUUAAAAUAACCAGGUACUGGGCCUCUUUGAGGAACCUGGUGGUGUCUUUGAUGAGCUCCAUGAAGUCCAUCAUCAGCCUCCUUUUCCUGCUCUUCCUGUUCAUUGUGGUGUUCGCUCUGCUCGGGAUGCAGCUGUUUGGUGGCAGGUUCAUCUUUAAAGAUUACACUCCUGCCAACUUCGAUACGUUUCCAGCUGCUAUCAUGACGGUUUUUCAGAUUCUGACGGGUGAAGACUGGAACGAGGUGAUGUAUAACGGGAUCCGCUCUCAGGGAGGGGUACAGUACGGCAUGUGGUCGUCCAUCUACUUCAUUGUGCUCACGCUGAUUGGUAAUUACACACUGCUGAAUGUCUUCUUGGCCAUCGCUGUGGAUAAUCUCGCCAAUGCCCAGGAGCUUACAAAGGAUGAAGAGGAGGAAGAAGCGUUUUUCAACCAGCGCUACAAGGGCCGGGAGUUUGGCCUCUCUGAACGGAGGCGCAGGCCGUAUCUCUACAGAAAACGAGCCAUUCACAGAGGCAGGCCGAACCCAGCUGAGGCUGAGGAGGAGACGGUGGGGCCUAAACAGGGUGAGGAGCAGCCUUCUUCUAAUGCCUUUGCCAACCGACGUGACAGACGCAACAAGAUCAAAAUGUCUGUGUGGGAGCAACGUGCCAACCAGCUGCGCAGGCGGCGUCAGAUGGCAAGUCGCGAGGUUCUGUUUGACAGCCCUAUUGAGGAUCCUAUGGGCACACCAAUGAGUGGCCACCACCAGGCUCACACUCUUGUACCUUCUGCUGAAGCCAGUCCAGCACACCUGCCCGAGUCGCCAAUGUCAGUCGUCAUGCCUUUACCCGAACCACCCAUGUCGAUCUCGAUUCCACUUCCUGAACCACCUGAAUCUGAGCCAGUGUCUCUGAUGACCUCUGGGAUGGAGGACAGAUCCUCAGUCGGGGUUCAUCGCUCCAAUACAGACAGAAGGCACCGGGUGGCACGCAAGUUCCGGGCUGCUGCAGCAGCAGGUGUCGUGCAGGGUGGCCGACACCGGAGACACAGGCACCGCGAGUCCAGGAGCGAGAAUAAAAACACAGACGAAGAGCAGUUUCAGGAAGGCGGAGAUGAUGCAGAGACUUGCCAGUCUAGACAGAGCUUACUGACGGAUGACACUGAGAUGAUUAUCUCCCAUCAACCUGACAAGGAACCAAAAAGGGACGGUGUGUGUGAGGUUUCAGGGAGAUCUGACGUGUCCGAGGGAGAGUCUGGAAUUCAGUGUACCUGCACGGCCCUUGGCGAAGAAGGAGAGGCCGAGUUCUGCCCGCAGCACCGGGGAGAAAAUACUCCAGAGCAUAAUUACAUCUCAGGGGAAGCCAUCGAUAAUGAGAACAAUGCCUGCUAUUUAAACCAGGGCGAGUCGAUAAUGGAAGCGGGCAUUAUGAAGGAGAUGUCUGCGCAGCCACUUUUAGAGUUAACGCCAAUGACUGUCAGUUUUAAGGAUGUGGAAGCUUCUCACAUGGAAAGGACCAGUAGAGACGAGGAUGAUGACGAUGACUUGGAUGAAGAUGCCCCAACGAAAGCCGCCAAACCCGAAGCACCAGAUAGCAUGUUCAUUUUCAAAAGCAAAAACCCGAUACGGAGAAUUUGCCACUAUGUAGUGACACUACGCUACUUCGAGAUGACCAUUCUGCUUGUGAUCGUGGCUAGCAGCAUCGCUCUGGCUGCAGAGGACCCUGUGAGCACCAACUCUGAGCGCAACCGGGUACUUCGUUACUUCGAUUACGUGUUCACGGGCGUGUUUACAUUCGAAAUGAUCAUAAAGAUGAUCGACCAGGGCCUCAUUCUUCAUGAUGGCUCCUAUUUCCGAGACUUGUGGAACAUCCUAGACUUCAUCGUGGUGGUUGGAGCUCUCAUUGCCUUCGCUCUUACGAAUGUUAUGGGAAACAACAAAGGUAGAGACAUCAAGACUAUUAAGUCUCUGCGGGUUCUGAGGGUUCUCCGGCCUCUCAAGACCAUCAAAAGGCUCCCGAAGCUGAAGGCCGUGUUCGAUUGUGUGGUGACGUCUCUGAAGAACGUCUUCAACAUCCUCAUUGUCUACAAGCUCUUCAUGUUCAUCUUUGCCGUCAUUGCAGUUCAGCUGUUCAAAGGGAAGUUCUUCUAUUGUACAGACGGCUCCAUGGGCACACAGAGAGAAUGCCAAGGCUACUACAUCGAUUACGGGCGGGACAGGAAGGAGGUGAAGAAGCGUGAGUGGAAAAGACACGAGUUCCACUAUGAUAACGUGAUGUGGGCGCUGCUCACGCUCUUCACCGUGUCCACAGGAGAAGGCUGGCCACAGGUUCUCCAGCACUCCGUAGAUGUGACCGAGGAGGAUCACGGACCAAGCCGAGGCAACCGCAUGGAGAUGUCCAUUUUCUACGUGGUGUACUUUGUAGUCUUCCCCUUUUUUGUCAACAUCUUCGUCGCCCUUAUCAUCAUCACAUUCCAGGAGCAAGGGGACAAAUUGAUGGAGGAGUGUAGCCUGGAGAAAAAUGAGAGAGCCUGCAUUGACUUUGCCAUCAGCGCCAAGCCUUUUACACGUUACAUGCCUCAGAACCGACAGACGCUCCAGUACCGACUCUGGCACUUUGUUGUCUCUCCCUCGUUUGAGUACACAGUCCUGGUCAUGAUCGCCCUCAACACUGUGGUCCUCAUGAUGAAGUAUCACUCGGCUCCGGCUGCUUAUGACAUGGUACUGAAGCACCUGAACACUGCCUUCACUGUGCUCUUCUCCAUGGAGUGCAUCCUCAAAAUCAUGGCCUUUGGCUUCAUGAAUUAUUUCCGUGACACUUGGAACAUCUUUGACUUCAUCACUGUCCUCGGCAGCAUCUCUGAGAUCGUUGUAGACUUGCAGUCUGUCAACACGUUUAAUAUGAGUUUUCUGAAGCUGUUUCGUGCAGCCAGGCUCAUUAAGCUCCUCAGGCAGGGAUACACCAUCCGAAUCCUCCUCUGGACCUUCGUCCAGUCCUUCAAGGCAUUACCGUACGUGUGUCUGCUCAUCGCUAUGCUCUUCUUCAUUUACGCCAUCAUCGGCAUGCAGGUGUUUGGAAACAUUCAGCUGAACGAUGAGAGCCAUAUAAACCAGCACAACAACUUCAAGACGUUUUUUGGCGCUUUGAUGCUGCUGUUCAGGAGUGCAACCGGAGAGUCUUGGCAGGAGAUCAUGUUGUCUUGUUUGGCCGGUCAGGAGUGUGAGCCUGACCCCUCCAUCGCUCCUCCCUUCAUCUCUCCAGAUCACGAGGGUGGCUGUGGGACAGACUUCGCCUAUUUCUACUUCGUCUCCUUCAUCUUCUUCAGUUCCUUCUUGAUGCUAAAUCUUUUCGUGGCUGUGAUCAUGGAUAAUUUUGAGUAUCUGACUCGGGAUUCCUCAAUCUUGGGACCGCACCACCUGGACGAGUUUGUUCGGAUCUGGGGGGAGUAUGAUCGCGCAGCAUGUGGUCGUAUUCAUUACACGGCCAUGUACGAGAUGUUGACCCAUAUGUCACCCCCUCUUGGCCUGGGGAAGAAGUGUCCCGCUAAAGUCGCCUACAAGAGGCUGGUACUGAUGAACAUGCCUGUGGAUGAGGACAUGACGGUCCACUUUACCUCCACGCUGAUGUCCUUGAUCCGCACUGCCCUGGAUGUAAAAAUUGCCCGAGGAGGAGAAGACCGAGUGCAGAUGGACACGGAAUUGCAGAAGGAGAUCAGUGUGAUCUGGCCUCAUCUCUCCCAGAAGACCUUGGACCUGCUGGUGCCCGUUAAUAAAGACACAGACAUGACGGUGGGCAAAAUCUACGCCUCCAUGAUGAUCAUGGAUUACUUUAAACAGAGCAAAGCCAAGAAGCUGAGACGGCUGGCUGAGGAGCAACUACAGUUGAGCAGUCCAGCCAUUCCUCUCAUAGCUCACAGUGCAGGCUCGGCUCUGACCAGCGGUGGUUUUGUGGCCCUGAGUCCCAUCUCACCUCAAGAGCUUUUAAUGCAGCCAGUAUCUCAUGACAGGGAAGACAAUGAAGAUGAUCAAGAACCCAUGGCGGACGAGCAGGAGACGGACGGAUUAUGGGAAGAGGAGCAGCCGCCCGAGCGUCUCUAUCGACCACGGCAUAAGAGUUACAAAGCUGCAGUGUCCUAUUCAGAGCAUCAGGCAGAAAAAGAGAGAGGGAGAUCGAAGGAACAGCGCCACCUGCUGUCCCCAAACGCAUCUCGCUUCAACUCGCACGAGAGGAGCUCGAAGUCCUGCUCUCGUUCUCCCAGUGAGGAAAGACGACACGGACACACUCGGCAGGGAAACAGCUCCGACAGCCCUGUGCCCUCCACCUCGGAGUCGAGCACACCGAGCGGCAGGCGUCGCCUCUCUCAGACGCCGACUCACUCGCACCCGCACGUCUCCUACUCUCCCUUAGUGUGCCACACUCAGCCGUCCUCCCAGGCUGAAGACGAGGAGGAGGAAAGAGGUGUCGCUCCCAUUUUGGGCUGCUGCAGCAAUGCGUUAUGGGAUGAAAACGUAGACGAGGAGGAAGUGCAAGCGGGCGAUGGAGAUGAGGAGACGGGGCACAUCGAAGAGGACGAGUACCUGGGCACGGGAGUCCGUCGAUUCCCUUCUGAACCCUACCUCGCCAUGCAGGACGAGGAGCACAGCCCCGAUUCCUCAGCCAUGGAGACUCUGACGUUCGAGGCUGCUGUGGCAACGAGUCUGGGCCGCGCCAACACCGUCACGGCCUCCAUGCGCACACGGGCACGCUUAGGUUGGCACGUCCCUAAUGGGCACUUCCGCAAACGCCUGACGCAGAGCGUCUCCAUCUCCGCCGGCGAGCCUCUCAGCGACACCGAGGACGACAAAUACUAAGUACUGACCAGAAGAAGUCUCUGAAAAGGACGCUGACUCGUGCAGCUGCGUUUUUGAAUAUACCCUACGUACAAGUCAUUAAAAUGGGAGGAGUGCCGCGAUUUUCACCUUUUUUUAACAUAUAAGCUUGUCUUGUUCCGAAAACCAAACACUCUGAGCGUUCAAAGGAGCGAAAAAAAAUAACACUGUACAUUUGCAAACCAGACUGAAGAGCUUCAUCGUCUGUGGGAGAUACUGUAAAGAACUCAGACUGUCAUUGUUUAACACCGAAAUGAAAAUGCUGAUCGGCUUCACGUUCUUCGCACGGUAAACGGUCUCGAAUCAAACUAGGCUACAUGUUGCAGAAUGAAUGUAAGGAAAUGCAAUUCAGUUCCAUGAAUUCGGUUCUACUGGCUCAUUCGUUGUAACACACACACUGAUGCACAAACCGCGCGACAUACACACAUCUUGCAAUGACCUUUAUUUUUUUUUUUUCGUGAGCUCAAAGCCUAAAUGCAUCUACUGUGUUGGAUUCAUUCUGAUUUCUAAACAUUUGUACAAUCUGAAAAAAUAAAAUUAAAUGAAAGCAACUCGAACAUUGGAUA